UCUAAAUUUAACAAAUUUAUUUCCUAAUAUGUAUAUGCGGAAAUUUUUCAAAUAUCCAGAUCAAAGUUGGAAUGUUAGAAUCAGUGUACAAUUCACCAUCUUUACGGUGCAAACUUUUGUUGAAAUUAUUAAAAAAGGAACUAUUAAGCCGGAAAUGUUCAAAGGAAAAUAAUACCCUGAUCAGGAAAUUAGUUAACUCGAAUAAUUGAGCACCUCUUGCGGUCGGUGUUCUCCAGAGUUAAUAUAGUGUUCUCGGUGAGCGGAAUAUAACGACUGGAUUAUUCAGGUUAGAAAUUAGUGGGAAAUUCCGAUUAUAACGACUGGAUUAUUUGGGUUAGAAAUUAGUGGGAAAUUCCGAUUAUAACGACUGGAUUAUUCGGGUUAGAAAUUAGUGGGAAAUUCCGAGGUUUAUUGACGCAGGAUAUGAACUUAAGUUUAACUGUAUUAUCUGAUAAUAUAUAUAAUUAGUUCCGUUGAUAGUGAAAACGAGGUACUAAAAAUUUAAUUUUACUUUUCUCUGCGUUAUUACAGCUACAAUGAAAGUUCUAAGGAUAGUCUACGUGGCGUCGUUAUUCCUCAUAAAUAAAAGUAUAUCUUCAAAGUGUAAAACAACUAGAACCGUAAAUGACGUGUCUACGGAUUGUCAUGGAAGGGGUUUCCGGUAUGUGCCCAGAAAUAUUCCUAACGAUACUACAUAUUUAGACUUGUCUGACAAUGAGUUGUCCGUUAUAUUUAACUUCGCGUUUUCAAGUCUAAAAAAUGUUUCUAGUUUGAAAUUAUUAUCCGCUCAGAUAUCAGUUAUCGAGUCAAAAGCGUUUUCUGGAUUAGUUAAACUGAUUUCUUUGGACUUACGUAAUAACACUCUUGAUAUACAUUCUCUACCGGAGAAUGUUUUUGAUUCGUCAUCUUUUUUGAGGAUUUUAGAUUUAUCUCAGAAUAACUUCCGUCACUAUCCUGAGAAAGUUUUAGAAAAAUUAUCAAACUUAGAGAGAUUAUCAAUCAAUGGUAUUAACAACCAAAACUUUGGAAACGGAUUUCGUUUUCUACGUAAAUUAACAUAUCUUAAUUUUGACCCUUGUAUGAUUACUAGAAUAGGCAACAACACAUUUAAUGUUUUUAAGAAUAUAAAACUGAAGGAACUGUAUUUUCAUUGUAAGAUAAGUCAUGUGGAACCAGGCGCUCUCAAUCCAUUGCAGUCGAUAGAAAGUCUCGAUAUUUCAAAAAACUAUCAUGUCCGGGUAUCUUAUCUGCUUGAAUUAAUGAAUGGUCUUAUGGACAGAAAUAUAACAUCAAUAAACUUUUCCAAAAAUUUCAGAACUCUCGCCUCCAGUGACGUUUUGUUGGCAUCACAGUUUUCAAUGAUUGGAGCAGUCUGCGUAAAAGAAGUCGACUUGAGUCGUAACCGUAUAAUAUCGAUACAGUCAGGAGGAAUAAAUUUAAUGAAACAUAAAAAUUGCUUAGAAAAACUUAUUCUCAAAAAGAAUAGUAUAUUGGGAGACCGUAGUAUUGUUAUAGAAUUGGUUCAACUGGUAAACUUACGUUGGCUAGAUAUAUCGAAUGAGGUAACGUUACACGUCAAAACGAAAGUUAAUAAAAACAAACACUGUGAACGUCGUCUAGAUAUAACAGACACAAAAUAUUCCUCUGACAGAUUAACGUUUGCCUUCCAACUACCACGUAAUCUGCAAUAUAUAGAUGUAUCAUAUUUUGGUAUAAGAAAUUCUGGUUUAGUUAAUCUAAAUUUCACCAAUGCUGGUAAAGUGGAUUUCUUAAAUCUAGCUGGUAAUAAAUUCAAAGAUUGUCUUGGACAUUUCCAAGGACUGUCACAUUUACAAACACUUGACAUAUCGGAUUUUAAUUGUAGUGAGCUUGAUCUAAAAAUGAUCAGUUUUAUGCCAUAUCUGAAAACACUGAUUAGCAGAAGAACACAUUUAAAUGCAGGAUUGCAAAAUGAUGUAACUGGUGAAUUUUUAAAACAAUUAUUUGAGGUGAAACAUAUUGACUUCUCAGACAAUGGGUUUGUUACAUUCAAUCAAAACAUGUUUGUAUCGCAGUACCGUUCACUCAUUUCAUUAGAUUUAUCAAAAAACAAAUUUUCCAAAUUCCCUAUUCAAAUCAGCAAAUUUUCAACUUUGAUGAAAUUAAGUCUCGUACAAAAUCGGAUUUCUUUUCUACAGAAAUCUGAUAUGAAUCAACUGGAGAACUACAUACGUAAGAAUAAUAUUAAAUUUGAGCUUCUUUUGAAUGGCAAUCGUUUCGUUUGCAUUUGUGAUUCUAUCGAUUUUCUGAGAUGGCUUCAGGAAACAAAAGUUACACUAGAUAAAAACCGCAACUACUCGUGUGUGUAUAUUGAUAACAGCCAGAAAACAACAGUUUAUGCAUACAAACAUCUUGAAUUCAUAGAAAGUAAAUGUCUCAGUAAGAUAUGGCUUACAAUAACAAUAAUUUGUGUGGUGGUUUUUCUUUUCAUUUUCACAUCAAGUGUUAUAGCAUACAAAUAUAGAAUAACACUACAUUUUUGGUACCUUCAUACCCGCCGGAAGUACCGCCAUUACACAGCACUGGAAGGAGAUUCUAAAGAGUACAAGUAUAAUGCAUUCGUUGCUUAUUGUAAUGAAAAUGAAGAAUGGGUUUGUGGGUCUCUUGUUAAUUAUUUGGAAAAGAAAAAUGGUUUAGCAUUAUGUUUACACGAUAGAGAUUUUGCAGCUGGGAAGCUUAUUAUGGAUAAUAUCAUAGACGCCAUUUUUGAAAGCAAAAAAGUAGUUCUUGUUAUCAGUGAUGAAUUCUUGAAAAGUUCAUGGUGCGAGUUCGAACUUGAUAUGGCGAGAAUGAAAAUGUUUCAAGACAACAGAGAUAUGUUGGUCGUUGUCCUGUUGGACAAACUUUCUACGUCACAAAUGCCAAUUUCCUUACAGAGAAUUUGGAACAAAGUGACAUGUUUAGAAGUUGACGAAACAAUCUGUACAAAUCAAAAUGGCAAUUUUGAACAUUUAUUCUGGAAAAGACUAUAUGAAGCAGUCGUGAUGUAAAUGGAAAUUUAAAAAGUUAAUCAAUUCUACUCAUUACACGAAAAAAAAAAAAAAAACAUCUGCGAUGUUGUGCAUUCCUAAAGCAAUCUAUGGACAAGUGUCUAUAAACCAUAUAAAGCUCUAAAUCACACUGAAACAUUGUUGAUUAAGAAGUAUCAUCAACUUUGUGUUAUUUUUCUAUUAAUUUAUUUGUUACAAUGAAGACAUGUAUCAGUUUACAAGUAGUAAAUGUAUGUCUAUGACACACGGCGUUCCGAUCAAUAAAAUCAUGUGAAUAUUUCAUUUCCGGAAUACACUUGAAACAUCUAUAUUAAACAAGUGAGGAUACAGAUACAUAUUGUCAGUGGUGCAAAGGUUGAUACAGACGUAUAAAUGUCUACACUGCAGAUGUAUAUGUGACAAAAUAAGUUCAUUUUUAGUAAAAGAAAAUGUACUGUGGUCAUGAAACAGACAUACUACUUCUAAUAUGUUUUUGUCGUUAUGAAUAACCAAUGGAAUUUGACAACAGGCAAAACCUUUAUAUUCAAACUACUGGAUAGGCAUUGUCGUUUAACACCUAAUGUUCCUUUUAGUUGGAAAGCAAAAGACAUACCCUGAAUGAAUUAUUAUCUUACUUCCUAUACAUUUCUAGGAAUAUCAUUGGUUAAAAGCGAACAGAUAUGCCUCAGUUUAGAAAAUGUCAGUAACAUAUAUAGUGAAAGAAUAAUUUUGAAGAGUUGAGCUUUUUUAUAGCAUUAAAAAUACAUAACUUUCA